GUUAAGCCGUUCCUCGCGGCGUGGAAACCAGGGCUUGUUAACGGUUUGAGCAAGCAUGGAGGGCGAAAUAAACAAGGAGGGCAUGGGCCUGCCCACGGUGCCAGCCGACGAGCUCCAAGCACAGCCGGACUGCAAGGCGUUGCGGCUUGCAAAGAAUGCCAUCUCGGUCUUUCCGGGCGGGGUCUUGCCCUUGGUGGCGAAGCUCCAACUACUGGAUUUGACGGGGAACAAGCUUUCCGGCGUCCCUGGUGAUCUGACUCGGUGCAGCGGCCUGCGCACGCUGCUGCUGAGCCACAACAGCCUGGCCGGUGUGCCCGACGCUGUUUUCGGGCUGGUGCGGCUGCGGCGGCUGGAGCUGGCGCGCUGCGGGCUGGCGGACGUGGACGGCGCCUGGUUCCAGCUGACGGCGCUCAAGCACCUGGACCUGUCCCACAACGACCUGCGCACGUUGCCGCCCGACAUCGGCUGGCUGCCGCUGGAGCCGGAGCGGGGCGAGGGCGCGGCAGCAGCAGCAGCAGCAGAGGAGGAGGAGGGGCCGGCUGCGGGGCCCUGGUCGGGGCCGGGGCUGCGACUGCAGGGCAACGCCAACCUGCGGCUGCCGGCGAGCGUGCUGGGGGCAGGCUUCCGAGCCGUCAUGAGCUACCUGCAGGUCAUCUGCGAGCAGCACCGGCUGGUGGAGCAGCACCUGGACAAGUUCGCGGCGCCGGCCACAGAGGGGGAGGGGGGGCUGCCCAUACGGUCUCGGCCCACCGACGCCAACGCGCUGUCUGCGCUGGUGGCCCGGCGGCUGGGCGCGGCGGCGGUGACGGGCGUGCUGGACGCCAAGUACUGCGGCACACCCGCGGCGCUGGCGGAGCUGCCCAAGCUGCAGGCGGUGUACGUGGCUGACGUGCGGCACAACGCCUGGCGCUCCGUCCCGGCCGAGGUGCUGCGGCUCAACGGGCUGGUGGUGCUCAACGCCUCGGACAAUGACAUCGAGAGCCUGGCGGACGGCGUGACGCCUCAGCACCUGGGUGUGCUGAACCUGUCCUUCAACCGCCUCGCCUCGCUGCCCGCCGCGCUGGGCGCCGCGCCGGUGCUGCAGCAGAUGUACCUGGCCAACAACCGCCUGGCCGACCUGCCGCGCACCUUCGCCUGCCUGCCCAUGGUGGACCUGUUCCUGUCGGAGAACGAGUUCGAAAAGGUCCCGGUGGCUGUGCUGGGCAUGAGCCAGCUGGCCAAGCUGUCCAUGGCCUGCUGCCGCCUGGCCGAGGUGCCGGACGCGCUGGGCAGCGUGGCCACACUCAAGUUUCUGGACCUGUCGUUCAACGCGCUGAGGGGCCUGCCCGACGGCCUGAGCCGCCUGACGCAGCUGAACGCGCUCAAUGUGUCGUUCAACCCGCUGGGCCCCGGCUUCCCCCCCGUGCUCACCGCCCUCACCUCCCUGCUGGAGCUCAACCUGGACCACACGGGCGUGGCGGAUGUGCCGGAGGGCGUGGGCGAGAUGCGGCGGCUGGAGGGGCUGCAGCUGGAGGGCUGCCCGCUGCCGCCCACAGAGGCCGCCCUGUACGCGGCAAACCCGCUGCUGCUGGUGCAGGUGCACAACACGGCGCUGACGUCACUGGACCUGUCGGGGCUGGGGCUGGACAAGGUGCCCAAGCUGGACCGGCUGCUGGGGCUGACGGCUCUGGACCUGUCCCACAACCGCCUCACGCGGCCGCCCACGGAGCUGCUGCCCCUCACACAGCUCGCCACGCUCAGCCUGAGGGACAACCCGCUGGUGCAGCCCUACGCCGCGCUACUGGAGGCGCAGGGCGAGAUGGCGGUGUUGGACCUGCUGAACCCCGCGGCGGACAAGCUGGACCUGGCGGGCUGCGGGCUGCGCACGGUGCCGGCCGAGGUGGCGCCGCACGCCGGCGUGCUGACGCAGCUCAAGAUGGCGCACAACCGCCUGGGCGCGCCGGCGGCCGACGGCGGCGGCGACGACGCGGCGGUGGGCGCGGCGGCUGCGGCUGCUGCUGCUGCGCUGCCGGACUGGCUGGACAAGUUCGGCAGCCUGAGCACUGUGGUGCUGGACCACAACUGCUUCACGGAGCUGCCGCCGGUCCUGGGCCGCCUGCCCAAGCUGUCCAUCCUCAUGGCCUCUUCCAACGCCCUGGCCGGCAGCCCGCUCACGCCCGAGCUGCUGGGCGGCGGCCUGAGCCGCCUGCAGGCGCUGGUGCUGCAGGGCAACGCCGUCGCGGAGCUGCCGCCGCUCAUAUCGCGGCUCACAGAGCUCAAGGCGCUGGUGCUCCAGUCCAACCAGCUGACGGUCCUGCCCGACCAGCUGUGCGGCUGCGUGGGUCUGCGGCUGCUGGACCUCUCCCACAACGCCCUGCGUGCGCUGCCCUCCGGCCUGGGCGCCCUGUCGCGCCUCAAGUCGCUCAAGCUGCACCACAACGCGCUGCCCAGCGUGCCGCGCGGGCUGAGCUGCCUGGGCGCCCUCACGGAGCUGCUGCUGUCGCACAACCCGCUGCCGCUGCAGGGCGCAGAGCUGAAUGCCACUGGCGCGCCCGCUGUGCGCAAGAUGGUGGCGGCGCUGCUGGACGCCUGCGCCGCGCUGCCCGCCGCCGCACACGCCGCCGAGCUGGAGGCGGCGGCGGCGGCCAUCGCCGCCAAGGCCGCCACCAUGAAGGCCAAGGAGGAGGAGGAGGCCGCGGCGGCGGCGGCCGUGGCGGAGGCGGAGGCGGCGGCAGCGGCGGUGGUGGCUGACCUGGAUGCGCUGCGGGAGGAGGAGGAGGCGCGCGCGGCGGCGCCGCCGCCUGCGGCGCCCGCGGAGGGCGAGAUCAAGACGCUGGAGGGCCCGGAGGCCAUCCAGCGGCGCGUGGAGGCGCUGCAGCGGGAGCUCCACGCCAUGCACCCGGACAGCAAGUGGGCGUACGUGGCCAAGCACGUGGAGACGCUGUCCAAGGACCCGCUCAGGCCCAAGUCGGGAGCAUGGCACGAAAACGUUCCCAUCAUGAACAUCCCGCGCAUCAUCGCCGCCAUCAGCUCGCCGCCGCCGCCGCCGCCCACCGGCCCCGGCGCCGACGGCAAGGGCGCGCCGGCGGGCCUUGACGCGGACGGCAAGCCACUGCGGCCGCAGGUGAUGCACCGCUUCAAGCGGGUGGUGGACCAGUCCGCAAUGGCCAUGCAGCUGCUCAACCGGGUGCAGGGCGUGCUGCAGCCCGGCGGCGGCGGCGGCGGCGGCGGAGCAGGAGGCGGAGCCCGAGGCAUGCCGCCACAGCCCAUGGGCAUGCCCGGCACGCCCGGCAUGAUGAUGCCGCCUCCCCCCGGCAUGUUCCCGCCGGGAAUGAUGCCUCCGCCUCCUGGGAUGUUCCCGCCUGGGAUGAUGCCCCCACCUCCGGGCAUGUUUCCUCCGGGCAUGAUGCCGCCUCCCCCCGGCAUGUUUCCCCCCGGCAUGAUGAUGCCUCCCCCGGGCAUGUUCCCACCUGGGAUGAUGCCCCCUCCCGGCAUGAUGCCUCCGGGUAUGAUGCCGCCCCCGCCGCCACGGUGAUCGCCAGCGCGUUAGUUGCGGGCAUGGGAAAUCAGGUGUGAGGCUGUUGUUGAUCCUUGGCAAGGGGGCCACGGGACCGUCGGGCGAGCAGAGCGCGCGUAGUGGUGUUGACUUGCACGGGUUUGCGAGUGGCGGUAGCGUGCAUGUAAGGAACCGAUCAUGCCAGCGUAUCGUGCAUGUAUUCUCAUGCGAAUGUACACUGUGCAAUCGAUGCAUACCUAACGCGCUUGAGCUUUGACCCCGGAGAAUCCAGCCAAUGCAGUUUUUUGAUGCAUCAGGAACCCGCACAGACCGGCUCUGAGAGAUGUGUAGGCUAGAGGGCGAACGCUGUAGGCAGAAGGACGCGCCGCAUAGGCGUGCGCUUUCUCGCUGGAAUAGUCAGAGCAGAGCAGGGGGGCGCUGUCGGAGUGCUCCAGGGGGGCUGCCGGCCUUCCGCAGCUUGUAAGGACUCAGGGCUGUAAGCUUGCGCCCAC